AUGGAGCCGGCCGCGGGCAGCGAGCGCCGCAGUCCCCCGGGCCCCGCGGUCCCAGCGCCGCCCCGGAGCCACGAGCCCUCGGCCGCCACCCCCGGCCCGGGCCCGCAGAACUACCCAGCGCGAGAGCCGCCCAAGCCCGACGAGGAGCGGCAGCUGCGGAUCAGCGAGAGCGGCCAAUUCAGCGACGGGCUGGAGGAUCGAGGCUUACUAGAAAGCAGCACUCGACUCAAACCUCACGAAGCCCAGAACUACCGAAAGAAGGCGUUGUGGGUCUCCUGGUUCUCCAUUAUUGUCACCCUGGCCCUGGCGGUGGCUGCCUUUACUGUCUCCGUUAUGAGGUACAGCGCCUCUGCUUUUGGGUUUGCAUUUGAUGCCAUCCUCGACGUCCUGUCAUCGGCGAUUGUCCUGUGGCGUUACAGCAAUGCUGCCGCUGUACACUCUGCCCAUAGGGAGUACAUAGCCUGUGUCAUCUUGGGGGUGAUCUUCCUUCUGUCAUCCAUAUGCAUAGUGGUCAAAGCCAUCCAUGACCUCUCAACUAGGCUGCUCCCAGAAGUGGAUGACUUCCUAUUCAGCGUCUCCAUUUUAAGUGGGAUCCUUUGUAGCAUCUUGGCUGUGUUGAAGUUUAUGCUGGGGAAGGUUCUGACCAGCAGAGCACUCAUAACAGAUGGUCAAAUGAAGUGGGGAUCAAAUGAGGCACCAUCUGUGAAAGGAGACUCUGGGUUUAACUCCCUCGUGGGUGGCGUGAUGGGCUUCUCCAUCCUUCUGAGCGCGGAGGUGUUCAAGCAUGACGCGGCCGUCUGGUACCUGGACGGCAGCAUAGGUGUCCUCAUCGGCCUCACCAUAUUUGCCUACGGGGUCAAACUCCUCAUUGACAUGGUGCCCAGGGUGAGGCAGACCCGCCACUACGAGAUGUUUGAGUGACAGCGGCCAGCGGGGCCAGAGCGGGCUGCUCGGCAUCCGCAGGAAGACAGUCAAGAGGACCAGGUUUCCACGCAGGCAGAUGGUGCCAAUAUUUAACUGAACGUCCAGUUACUUUUUAGGAGGUUUUUGUGUUCCUGGGAACAAGGUCUGCCCAGCUGGUCGGUCCACACCGCUCCCCCUUGCUCCACUGCCCCUGUCAAAUAUGUUAGGACAACACGCACAGGGGUGAGGACAGGCUUCCCCACCUCCAGCAAGAACUGACCUUUUUUACUUCUGGAGUAAAAAUGUUUUUGUGGGUAGGAUACAAUCUCUACGUGGCAGAAAGCUCCUCUGUGGUGCUUGAAGCCUGAUCUGGAUAGCACCUGCCCAGACCCACCUCCACUUCCAGACUCUCGUAUCUCCUGGCAGAUUUUAAGGGAAGACCGUACCUUCUGUCCCUCACCCCUUUACAUACCCAGAACCAUCAGUAUAGAUCACUUCCUAAUUUCUAUCAAGGUAUUUCAUUAGUUUCAUACUGUUUUACUAAUCCCCAAUCUAAACAGAGUUCAAAAGGAGACCAUUCUAUUUUUAAAAGUACUUAGUGAUACACAUAUGAGCUUUGCAUGGUUGAACUAAGCACAUGACCCUUUCUUGUACAUUCAGAACCUGAACAUACAUGUAAAAACAGGAUCCAUUUUUGAGAGAUGUGAAACUACAGUUUAUUUGUAAUAAAUAAUUAUAUAAUCUAUCCAUUUAUGCAUAUAUCUAUAUGCUGUGUUAAGUGGUAAUGGUACAUUACAGUCUGUUAGAGAUGGCUUGCCCCUCUGUAAGGAACAAGAUGUUCUCCAUUGAUGUAACGUUAGGUAUAGAUUCUGUAAAAAUGUUCCCCUGACACACAACAUUCUGUACCUCUGGCACUGCAGCUUGUCCAAGCAACAGUGUCUGACCAAUAAAGACCUUUACCUGUUUUGUA